UUCAACUCCACCAGUAAUAGCGGUGCCGUUUCAAGCAAAGCAAACUAAACUGCCCAUUUCUCACAAUGUCCAAAUCCUCGGCCGUCGUACGGCCACAAGACUACGCCGACAGCCCCGCCCACUACGCCGUGGCCACAGGUGAUCACGCCGCCCUCAUCAACCUCAUUUCCCCCUUGCCCAAACUCUCCGAUCCCUCCCGCAUCCACACCGAAUCCGACUCCCUAGCCGAGGACCGCCUCGCCGACCGCAUCUCCGCCGCCCUCGACCGCCGCGACAACCGCCUCCGGGAGACCCCGCUCCACCUUGCCGUCCGCCUCAACGACGUCGCCGCCGCCCACGCCCUCGCCGCCGCCGGAGCCGACAUCUCCCUCCAGAAUGCCGCCGGGUGGAACCCCCUCCAGGAGGCGCUCCUCCGCCGCUGCCCGGCGAUCGUCCCCGUCCUCGUCCAGCGCCACCACCUCACCGCCUGGUCCAAGUGGCGUCGCCGCCUCCCCCGCCUCGUCGCCGCGCUCCGCCGCAUGCGCGAUUUCUACAUGGAGAUCUCCUUCCACUUCGACAGCUCCGUCGUGCCGUUCGUCGGAAAAAUCGCCCCCUCCGACACCUAUAAGAUCUGGAAGCGCGACGGCAACCUACGCGCCGACACCUCACUCGCCGGCUACGACGGCCUCAAAAUCCAGCGCGUCAAUCAGAGCUUCCUCUUCCUAAACGACGACGUUUCUGCGCCGCAAGGCUCGCUCAUCACCCUCAAUCACGAUAAGAAAUUGAUCUCGAACGUCUUCGAGAACGCCGGAAAUCCUCUCUCCGACGCCGAGAUCUCCAACUUCUGCAAUCAAACCAGCGUCUACCGCCCCGGAAUAGACGUCACCAGAGCCGAAUUGAUCGGCCGCACCAACUGGCGGCGGCAGGAGAAAACCGAAUCCGUCGGAGAAUGGAAAGCUAGGGUUUACGAAAUGCACAAUGUGCACCUAACAUUCCGAUCUCGCAAAAUCGCCGCCGCUGCAGCCGAAAACAGAGGCGAUCCUCUCCCACAAACGUGUAUUUUACCUCUGGAGAUCGACGAGGCUUCCGACGACGGUUUCAUCGUGGCGGAGAAUCCGAGAUUCAGCGUGUCCGGCGAUUACCAGCGGCGGCACAGUAGCUUCGUCGGGGAUGAUAGGGAAUUCGUGUCGGUGUCUCGGAAGAGUGUGGACAUAUUCCCUGGUGUUUCGAGGAGGAGAGCGUGCACGGCGGACAGGCUGGUGGCGCCGCCGAGGACGAAGGAGAAGGAGUUCGCGAAGAGCCUGCGGCCGACGGUGUGGCUGACGGAACAGUUCCCCUUGAAAACAGAGGAGGUGCUGCCGUUACUCGACAUUUUGUCAAAUAAGAUUAAGACCGUUAGAAGAAUGCGAGAGCUCUUAACCACGACGUUACCGCCGUCUACAUUUCCGGUUAAGGUUGCGAUACCGGUGAUUCCAACGGUGAGAGUAGUGAUAACAUUCACAAAGUUUAUGGAGCUACAGCCAAUUGAACAUUUCUACACUCCUCUGUCUAGUCCAACUCAACUUCUAGAUGAGACUACUUGUGGCGGUGGUGAAAGCAGCGUUCACUUGCCGCCUCGGCCAUCAAAAGGCGGCAGUGGCGAGCAGGCGGCCGAGGAUCCAUUCGUCAUUCCAAGUGGGUACCGUUGGAGUAGUUCGGAAGACAAGAAUAGGAAAAUGAAGAAGUCUAAAUCUACAGCCACAAGAUGAUGAUACUUUUAAUGGCUAAUAAUUUGCAGAUUAUAGUUUUAAUUUGUACAUAUAUAUGUUUCUAUAUAUUUAAUGCAUAAGUGCCGAAAGUGUAAUUGUUGGAAUUGUACUACUUUUUGGUCAUCCAAUUUGAAGGUGUAAAACAUUUAAAUCGAAGUAAUAGUAGGUGAUGUAGGGACUCUCUAUCUACACUUUUUUGAAUGGAA